AGACCCCGGUCUGUUUACUUGUCAACCAAGAUGGCGCCGAAAACAAAGUUCGGGCCGCUUUAAACAAAGCUAGAAAAAAUGAGCCUUGGGGAGGCGGGGAAUCUUAAACAGCAGUUUCAACUAAUACAAGAACAACAACAGAAACGUUUGCUAGCUAGAAAGCAAAAACAAGCCAAGAAUUCAGAGAAAACAACAAAGGAAAACUCAGAAAAUGGCUCCAAUUCUGAAAACUUGUGGGCUGAAGACGAUCUCGGCUUGAAGUUGGAUGUAAAGAUUGAAAAUGAAACACUUUGUUCGAACUCUGAGCUGCAAGAACUUAAAGAUGCUGUGAGGGUUCUCAAGGAUGAAAAUGGCAGGCUGUAUAAGCUUCUUGGGGAACGAGAUGAGGAAAUGAGAAUAACCCGGAAGCAGCGGGAUAAUGAACGCAAGGCGCUUGCAGGAACAGGGCUGGCUGCUGACACUGCAGCUGGGAAAAUAGUAGAGUUGUCAAAAAAGAACCGAGAGAUGACAGCAGAUCUCCAGAGUGAAAAAAACAAAGUCAGGCAACUUACAAGGAGGAUACAGCAACUAGAGAGACAGGAAUCUGCCCAAGCCCCAGCUGAGAAUAAACCUGACCAAAGAUCAAAGCCUAGGAGUCCAACAGAAAACCAGCAGGAUUCUGAAGCGGUUGCAGGCUUACAGGAGAAGCUUAAUCAUGCCAACCAGAAGAUGGCUGAAUACAGAAACCAGUGUGAAACACUCAAGAAAGAGCUGAAAGUUGCAACGAAGGUUUUGAGCAAAGAGGUGGGUGAAAACGUAAACAUGUCAUCUCUCCUGAACGAGCCCAGUGGUUGGAGAGGCAGACAGCAGCAAAUCAUAACAUUGCAGCAUAAGGUAGCAGAUCUAAAAGGCCAGUUACAGCAAGUGGUCAGGGGGGGUUCUGUCUCCUCCAUUGCCACGCCCUUAUCUGGCAGCCAGUAUGACGAGAAGCACAAGGUGAUGUUGAAGAAAAUCGAAAAGGAUCGCAAAGAUUCGCAAGAGAAAACUCAAGGUGAGCUGGAGCGCGUGAGCGAGAUGUACAGCCGGGCCCAGCAGAAGCACGAGGCGGCCAAGGCGCGCAACACCGUGCUGUCUAACGAGCUGAAGAGCGUCAAGGCGCAGCUCAAGACUCUGCUCGAGAAAGGCGCACACGACGACGAGCUGAUUGCUGCACUCAUGCGUGAGAAAGACCUACUGAAGGAGAGCAAGCAGCAGGUGAGCAGGCCUGUCCCGCCACAGGUCAUGGUGUCCCAAGCAGACAGCGCAAUGAUCGCCCAUCUGCGCCAGGUCUGCCAGGAACGCGACGAGAAGGCCAAGGGACUGGAGCAAGAACUCCGCACUGUCCGAGAGGAACUAGAACGCUCACAAGCAGCUGCGCACCAAGCACAGCAACGGCCACAGACAGCCACUAUAGCUUGCAGCACCGGCGACCUGCCUAGCCAAUCAACAAACGACUCCACCAACCAAUCAGCUGACGCUAUGGUUUCACGUGAUGUGAUGAGUGACGGGGAAUGCGUGUCACGUGGCUACGUCGGUAGUCCCGCACGUAGGAAUGUGGUGUCGCGCGUAUCAGGUCCCCCCGCGCGAGGGGCAUUACCCCCUACGCCUCCUAGCGGCGGACGGCACAGUAGAUGUCGGAGGAAUAGCGCAGGCAGUAGUGACGAGGUUCACACGUUGAGGUGCCAAGCACAGGAGUACAAAUCUUUAUGCCAAGCAGCCGAGGUUGAGCGCGACCGGCUAAUGCAACUUGUUGCCUUACUUCAAAAAAGGAUAGACGAGGAAGCGUCGAAGUCAUUGGAAGCAACGAGUAAGUGGCAGGAACAGCGCAGAUCAAACGCUCUCCUUGAGAAGCAGCUAGCACGAGUCCAGUCAUCCCACGCGUCCAAGCAGCAAAACGCAAACAAAGCCAAACCUCGAGGCACGGGACGCGCCGACCAGGACAUGGAGAGCAUUGACGAGCUGCAAGCGAGGCUGGAGAUUCAAACGGACGAGAACGACGCCCUGAAGGAGGCGCUUCAGUCAACUUUGCGCUCCAAAGAGGAAGAUAUGAAAUACUACCAGGAUAUGAUGGAGCAGACCAAGAAAAUAUUCCUUCAGGGACUACGACAGUUCCGCCAAGGGUCUGCACCCAGCUGACACGUGACAGCGACACAGGCUAACACGUGACAGGGACCUCGACACCAUGCUAACAUGUGACAGGGACGUCGACAGACCAACACGUGACAGGGACUUCGACAUCAGGCUAACACGUGACAGGGAUCUCGACACCAUGUUAACACGUGACAGGGAACUUGACGCCAAGAACACGUGAGAGGGACCUCGACACCAUGCUAACACGUGACAGGGAACUUGACGCCAAGAACACGUGAGAGGGACCUCGGCAGCAUUCUUAAUCGUGAGCGGGACCUCGACACUACUGGGCAGGCAGUGGUUUAGACAAUUUCUAUUCUGUACAAACGAACUCCUAAAUUGUUAUAUCCAUGUUUUAUACUUUAAAAGUAUAUGGUAUAAAUUAUUUAAAAGUUAACUAGUGUUUUAUGACUUGGUUUUAUCGAGUCACUACCAGAUUCGCGGCAAGAAUCCCUGGGGCCAGUUGCACAAAGCUUGGAUAAGUUAUCCGCUGGAUAUGCGCUAUCCACCAGAUAAAACCCCUAUCCAGUGGGGAUAGUGGUACUUUUGUCUGAUAAAAAGCUAGAUUAGAAGGCUGAAUAACUAUUCGCUGGAUAGCCAUCAUUUACCUCUAAAUGGCUUCCCGUAACCUUGAUAAAUGUGGAAAUUGCGCGCUGUAUUCCUUCAAACAAAAUAGUAGCCGCCGUUGCAAGAGCACAAUGAAUGCCAGAAUCAGAAAACAAACAGUUUAUCGGGGUACAGUACACAUUUUAAAAAUAUUUAAAAAUACUCUAAGGGUUGGGGGGGGGGAUUUCAGAAUUGCUUUUAUUUGGGUCGUUGUCUUCCCCUCAUGCACUGAUAUCUUUAAACUCUCAUCUCCCAGCAGAACACGGUGCAUUCCGUGGUCAAUUUGAGCUUUGCUGAGUCUAAAUUUAUUCGGUGGAUAAAAUUUUAUAUCCGACCUCUUUAAACCGGAUAAUUUUAGCCGCUGGACAACGGUCUUUGUGCAACCAAAUCACUCUAUUUGAAUAAGCUAUAUCCGGUGGAUAAGACUUAUUUACUUAUCCAAGGUUUGUGCAACCAAAUCACUCCACUUGAAUAAGUUAUAUCAGGAGGAUAAGACCUAUCCACUUAUCCAAGCUUUGUGCAACCGCCCCCAUCUUUUCUGUGUUUAUUUGGUCGAGCGUAGCAGAGCUUAUUUGUUUUUUAGCUGUAAUACAAUGUAAAAAGUUCUAAUUAUUGAGCUUGGCUUCAUGUUCACACAUCUGUUACAUGGCUCUGAUUGGCUGAGUGUUUCUCACGUGACUUGCAUCUCCACCUGCCAGGAUGUACUGCGCAAGGAAAAAAAACAUGCUAAUGAGCA